GGGGCGUGUCAACCAACACGCUGCGUGACUCCCCCCGGCACUCUACUGUUGAUGGGGGCGUCGGCGUCCAGGCGCUAAGGCGAGUCCGUCUUCCCUCCCCCCAUCUAGGCUAGGCUGUUAGUGGACUUAGGGGAGGGGGAGGUGACUGGGGGGCUUCGUCUGUUCGUCCAGUCAUUGCUUGCAUUGGAAUUUGACCAAAACCUCCACGUACUGAAAACCAUAUCUUCUGCCACAUCUGCCCUCCUCCAAGCCUUGCCUCUCCUCUCUGCCCUAUCUUCCCGCUCCAUCUACCGCCUUAUUUAUUAAUCCUUGCUUACCUCGAUCCUGAUACCACCGCCUUUACUUUUUUUGCUGAGAUAAAAAGGGCACGCUCGCACGUUACCUGCCACUUUCCACCACCGCCUGUCGCUGGUGCUGCUACCGCCGCUUGCAACCGUCCUUCACUGCGCCCUUCACCUCUCACUUUCGUCUUAACCCCGCCAAACUCCGCAACACGCUCCUUACGCCGCGUGGUCGCCAUCAUCAAAUACUGUAGUAGUCUGUGUCUGCGAGGCUCUGGCAGUUCUUUUUCUGCAAUUUUAUCGCCAAAAUUCCAACGUCUAGCGUUUCCACAGCCAUGGCCGUCACACCCGCCGUGGAUGGCGCUGCUGUCCCCAAGCACAGAGCCUGCGAUGAGUGUAGGGCAAGAAAGCUGGCCUGCUCCAAGGAACCCGAUGGCUGUGCCCGCUGCAAGCGUGAAGGCAUCGCAUGCUACUACUCUCCUCAGAAGCCCAUGGGCCGUCCCAGAAAGAGACGCAACACGGAUUUAGAAGGACACACACCGUCAUCGUCAUCAUCUUCUUCUGCACAAAAACGAUCACCAAGAGCGAGAAAGACUUCUUCGGCACCUCGCUCGUCUGCCUCGCCUCGACCACCCACCGCUCCUACCAGUGCUUUCAACCCCUUCCACACCCUCUCUCUCCCUUCAACAAGCGCCUUCAUCGACCCUACUCUUGCCUUUGUGGACCAGUCACAAAGCCCGAGCAUGCCCAUGCUCGACAUGGAGCCAGACUUCUACCAGCAAUCCUGUGAUAACCUCAACCUCGACAUUGGAUACCCAGGACAACUCCCCAUUGAAACCUCACAACCUCUCAACUUUGGCCUUUCUACCAUAGCACCUACUAGCAACUUUGACAUGGCCGACAGCUUCUUCCUCGAUUCCUGCCCUUCCACUCUGGAUGAGACUGUCCCGUCUCUCUCCCACGGAUCACACCUGGGCUCCCCUGAGGCGUGUGCAUCGCCACUAUCCGACCCAGCCUAUCAGUUAGACGCCCGGCCACAUGCUGUGGGAUCCCCGAGGCAGCCCGCCCCCAACGUGUCGUGUGGCUGUCUCUCGUCGCUAUACUUUGCCCUAGAGUCUUUGGCAAACCUGCCGACGGACAUCCCCUCAGCCAUGCGUGUCGCCCGUGGCGCCAGCAAGAUCGUCCAUGAUGUCGUUGGCUGUAGCAUAUGCUCGGGCAACUCCUUGGGUGUCGGCGAGCCCCUCCCCAUUCAAAGUUUCCAGAAUUUCACAUUCCUCGGCAGUCUUAUCCCCUCGGCUUGCAACGCCUAUGCCACCAUUGUUGAGAUGGUGCACCAGCAGAGCAACCGUGCCAAGCAGGAAAACCGCACUCUACCCUUUUCUUACUGGCAACUUGGUGGGCAGUGGCCAAGCAGUUUACAGGCUGAUCCUGCAUCGUGCUUAAACUUGGCUGCCUACGACAACAAAGAUCUCCAUCCAGAUGUCUGGCGCGAGGUGAUGUGCUCCAUCAUGCGAGUCGACGUCUUUGGCAGCGACAGCACGGCCCACACGCUGCCAAACGGUGCCUUGUCGCCAAGCGCGGGCCUCAAGGGCGUCGUCGCCUAUCUGGACACCCGCAGUGAUGACAGGCACAUGAAGAUGGAUGAGCUGAACGCCGCUGGCGGCAUGCCCAAGCACAAUCUGCUCAUGUGCCCUGCCACUUAUCACCCUCAGCCCAAGAAGGACCGACACUGUAUCCGCACGCUGCACCUCGCUCGCGUUGCUCUUGACAGCAUCGUCAUUGGCUAGCAAGCAGAUCUACGGUUGAUCGCAGCACGAAGACACACGCCCUACUUGAGAUUUACUUGGAUACUUGCAAGCAAAGCGUUUCUCUUCAAUAUGUAUUAGAAAUUUGACGUUGCAUUAUGUUUUUCAUUGUUUCUGUUCAAAAGAUAUUCAGCUCGAGGGUAUGGGUUGCUAGAACGAGCUUUAUCACGGGUGUUUUUUUCUUCUUCAUAUAUUGUUUUUACUCUUGGAUGGAUAUACCAGCGUCGGAGAAAGCGCUUCUCCCCUCGUUACAACGUUUUUUGUCUUGCACUUGGCGCUAGCACCAUGAUUCGAUACCGCAGCCAGUCUCUUCUACCUGUUUGUAGAUGUAUUUUUCAAUGGAAUAAAACGUGGCAUUGCUGCGUGGU